AUGGGCAUAGUAUCCAGUCUGUUAUCCACCGAUGAGCUGCCUCAGUUAUCCGGUGCCUCUCCAGAUGACGAACCUGAGCCAUUUUCUAGAUUUGGAAAAGAUUACAAGAUGAAUUUUGCUGGCCGGUUUCCUGGAUACGGUCGUGGACAACCUUAUCGACCGAGCGAAGAUCUCAUAGUACCCCAACCUGAAUAUUACCCCCACGUUGCUGUGGGUGGUAGAGUCUUGAAUCCUGAUUCAAUCCGACCUCUUCCCGGCUCCCAAUCUUUUCGUGGUCCGAUAUUGGCAAGGCAGAAGCCUAUUAUUCAUAUAAACCCUUGCCUGGUUGCCAUUAUUUCUGGUGGAAAGGCUGAGGACUGCGGAGAGUUGCGGCGGGAUCUGCAAAACAAGUGCUCCAAUUAUGAAAGUAAGGAGCGGAGAAGAAUUCCUUUGAUGGUGGCAUUAGAGUCGAUGCUAGACACCUUGUCUUCCCGAGGCGAAGUGGGAAUGAUUGCUGGGUGGGAUGAGGAGGAGAAAGGUCCUGCUGUGUUCCGCGUGGAUGGUAUGGGGGGACUGCUUUACGGGGAUAUAUUGGCUUGUGGUUCUGGAUUUAGGCUUGUGUAUGCUUAUUUGCAGGUGCGGUUUCAGAUUGCUACAAAAUUAGCAAGAACAGCUAUAUGUUGGACUGCGGUUAAUGCUAGGGAUGGUGAAGCUUUUGGAAGUGGGUACUAUGUAGGACGUCAUGGGCUGGAUCGUGUCUUUUCUGAUGUACCGGUGGAAAAAUAUGUCCGCGAUUACGGCUUGCCUCUCCCUGUGAAGAAAGGUGUUCUUCUGUAUAUGGCUUAG